AUGAAAUAUCUUUAUUUUCGCUCAAAAAUUUCCAAGUAUGGUAGUGGCGAAUUGAUUGAGAAUAUCGUUGAUUCUUCUGGAGCUUUGCAGUAUUAUCAACUUGCGAAAAAAAAUCAUACCAAUAUUAUCGAUAUAUCUUUAGAGCCUACUAGUAUGGUUGCAACCUCUGAAGAGAUGCACAAGAAAGCCCGUAGGGACCGACCAGCAAAAAAAAUUAUGCUGUCCACUUUCGUUGGCUCAAAUGCCUUUGUUGCUUCUCAGAGUCGCUCGUCAAUCAAUCAGCCCGAGUUUCAUCUUGCACUCAAGGCUUUGCCAAUGAAACCUGUUGAUCCUCAGUACUCAUACACCGUUGGACCUACUGAAUUCGUUAUCGCCUUCUUCAAAGAGUUUGUGUUCAAGCGAACCAACAUAAAAAGUGUUUCAACAGAAACUGAUAUUAAAGCACAGAUUGGCUUACGAGCCGAAGAUAAUGAGGAAAGACAAUAA